CAAAGGUCAAAAGAAGUGGAACAACUACACCAGGAAGUAAAAGCUUUAGAGAAGCAGACUGAACGUCUUUGUUCCUCACUUAAAGAAGCUGAAGAGAGUUUGCUGUCUAAAGAAAACCUGUGUGCAGAGCAGCAGCUACAGAACACUAAGGACAUGGAAGCCCUGCAGAUGCAGAUGGUAGCAUCUGAGGAGGAGGUGAAGAGACUGAAUGCAGAGAUCAGUGAUAAAGAGGAGCAGCUGGUUGAGCUGAAGACUGAAACAUCUGCACAAUCUGACUUACUACAACAGCAGACACAAGCUCUAAACAUGAAGAUUAACACCAUUACCAAUUCACUUGAGACUGCUCAGAACCAGAUAAAAGCCAAAGAGGAGCAGCUGGUUAAACUGGAACAAGAGUCCACCCUGCAGAUUGAAGAAUUAAGAAAACACUGCAUGGUUCUUGAAGAUGACAUGAACCAGCUGAGGCAAGAAAUCCAAACUAAAGAUGGUGAAGUCAGUUUGUUGAAAUCGAAUUACUGCAUUGAGGUUGAAGCAUUACAGAAUGAGAUCCAAAGUCUGAAGGAUCAGAUUCAAUGUCUGACUGACUCUCUGAAGACUGCAACAGAUCAGGUGCAGACUAAAGAAAACCUGCUGGUCCAAAAAGAGACGGUGUAUAUUCAGGAGAGAGACUCUCUUCAAAAUAAGGUGGCAACCUGUGAGGAGGAAAUUAGAAAACUUACAGAAGAGAUGCAGACUAAAGAACAAGAGUUCACCUCUCUGAAGGAAGAGAGCUCCAGAUGUUGUGAUAUGCAGCAACAAGAGGUCAAAGGUCUCCAACAACAGCUGGAUCAUUUGGGUGAAUCACUCAGAAAUGCUGAGGAGGAAGCUCAAACUCGUCAAACUUUGCUGAACCAGCAGGAGCAGGACAAUGCUCAUCAGAAGGAGCUUCUGCAGCAGCAACUCUCUGCAACUGAAGAGGAGGUACAGACCUUGAAGGUUGAGAUCCAGACCAAAGAACAAGAACUCAGUUUGUUAGAAAAUCAAAGGUCAAAAGAAGUGGAACAACUACACCAGGAAGUAAAAGCUUUAGAGAAGCAGACUGAACGUCUUUGUUCCUCACUUAAAGAAGCUGAAGAGAGUUUGCUGUCUAAAGAAAACCUGUGUGCAGAGCAGCAGCUACAGAACACUAAGGACAUGGAAGCCCUGCAGAUGCAGAUGGUAGCAUCUGAGGAGGAGGUGAAGAGACUGAAUGCAGAGAUCAACUAG